CUCUCUAUCUCAGGUCACUCCCUCCUCCGCGCUGUCAGCAGCAGCUCCUUACGCGGUUCAAACUUAGCUCUUUCGCUCCGAAUCUGCUCCGUCGUCACUUUUCUUUAGUUCUCGCCUGUUUUUUAAGCUUUAAACUGUUUUUAAUCGUUUGCUGAGGACUGUGACGCGAAGACUCGCGGAAGGGAGGACUUGUCGAGUUUUCUUCGCCAGCAGCAGUUGAAGAGCAGCGGGGGGAGAUGACCAGCUGAGGACUGGGAAUCUUAAAAAAACACGGGGCCUGUUUCUGUAAUGAUUGAUCAAUGCUGCCACAAUGGCGUUAAAGGCACAGGUUUUAUAUGACUUCGCCGCUGAGCCCGGCAACAAUGAGCUGACAGUGAGAGAAGGCGAGACAAUCACUAUCACCAAUAAGGGUAUUGGAGGGGGUUGGAUUGAAGCACAGAAUUCAAGAGGAGAAGUUGGACUGGUGCCUGAAGAUUACAUUGAGUUCAAAAAUGAAUUUCCUGCAUUUCCAGCAGCAUCGACGGCACCCCCUUCAAAUGCAGAAAACGUCGCAUAUCAGGACCUUUCUGUCUUUGAUGCAUUUGCACCUCUAUCAACAGCUGCACAAUACCAGGUGGAAUCUGGGGCUUUGAAUCCCGUUCCAGACACCCCAGACACCCCAGUUACCCCUUUCUUCCCGUCCCCCGAGGAGGCCAGCAAUGGUAAUGAUCCCUGGUCAGCGUGGAAUGCAGACCCUUCAGGGGGCACAAACAACAACUGGGCCUCUAAUGCAGAGGGCACUCAGACUGGGAAGAGUGCUGCUGACCCCUGGGGCAAUGUAUCACAGGGUCACCCUCAGGCUUACCAAGGCCCAGCCAAAGACAUCUACCCAUAUCCUUACCUUAUUGAUUACACAGCGGCAGAGGAUGAUGAGUGGGAUGAUGAAUGGGAUGACAUGAAAUCAAAUGCCGUCUACACAGAAUCUGGGGAAGCUGGUGGAAUACAGAGAGGAGGAAUGCAUGCUUCGUCAAUGAAAAUAUCCCUCAAUAAAUUUCCAGGAUUCUCCAAGUCUGGUCCUGAGCUCUACCUUCUGUGCAAACAGAUUGCAAAAGGGAAAGACAAGCUGUCAAUAUACGUGGGUGAGGUUGGUCCUGUAUGGUCUUACCCAGAAACCCAGAUAGACUGCAUCGUAGCUGAUCCCAAGAAAGGGUCCAAGAUGUACGGCCUCAAGAGCUACAUAGAGUACCAAAUCACACCCAAUACAACAAACCGACCUGUCAAUCAUCGAUACAAGCACUUCGAUUGGCUCUACGAGAGACUCCUGGAUAAAUUUGGGUCGGCCAUUCCAAUUCCCUCUUUGCCAGACAAGCAGGUGACAGGGCGUUUUGAGGAGGAGUUUAUUAAGAUGCGCAUGGAGCGGUUGCAGGGUUGGAUGUCCAGGAUGUGCAGACACCCUGUUAUUUCUGGCAGCGAUGUGUUCCAGCUUUUCCUCACAUACAAAGAUGAAAAGGACUGGAAGACGGGGAAGAGAAAAGCGGAAAAAGAUGAGACGGUUGGAGUGAUGAUCUUCACCACAAUCGAGCCAGAAGCUGCAGACCUGGAUCCUUCAGAAGUGGAGCAGAAAUGUGAGCAGUUCAGUAAAUUUACCAAAGCCAUGGACGACAGCGUGAAGGAAAUCCUCACUGUGGGAAACGAGCACUGGAAGAGAUGCACAGGACCUCUGCCAAAGGAAUACCAGAGAAUAGGAAAAGCCUUGCAGAACCUCUCUACUGUCUUCACAAGCAGUGGAUACCAAGGUGAGUCGACUCUAACCGAUGCCUUGACAGCGGCUGGAAAGACCUACGAGGAGAUAGCCCAGCUGGUGGCAGAGCAGCCUAGGAAAGAUCUUCACUUCCUCAUGGAGACCAAUAAUGAAUAUAAGGGUCUCCUUGGAUGCUUCCCAGAUACCAUUGGGGUCCAUAAGGCAGCUAUAGACAAGGUGAAGGAAGGGGACAAGCUGGUGGCUGCCAACAAAAUUACCACUCCUGACAAAGUAGCCAUGUCGAAACGUCUCAGCACCAUGUCUUACACUUUACAAGCUGAAAUGAACCACUUCCAUAGCAACCGUAUCUACGACUACAACCGGGUCAUGCAGCAGUACCUGGAGGAGCAAGUCAAGUUUUACGAGACGAUUGCUGCAAAGCUGAAACAAGCUCAUGGUCAGUUCACUACAAUGUGAGAGCAGUCUCACACUACAAGACACAACGUUUAAUCAAAUCCUGCCAAAAGCGCUUUUGCUUGCGUUGCAUCUUUACUCUCUCACUCUACAAUUAAAAUUUCACUUCUGUAUUUCUUGCACGCUGA